UUGUUAACGUUUUGCUCGUCCAUUCGUAAAAACAAAAAAAAUGAAAACUCUCCUACUCGUUGUUUGUAUAUUGACAAUCGCUCAUGCCGAAUUAACCUUACGAAAAAUUUUCAUGGAUCAUGUACAAGAGUGUCGAAAAGGAUUGCCGAUACAAACUAGAGAUGAGAGAAGACGCGAUGUUGGUUUGAUUUUCUGUGCGGCGAAAAAAGUUGGCGGAAUCGACGAAAAAAAUAAAUUCGUUAGAGAAAAAGUUCUAUCAAAUUGCGCAGAUAUUAUUUCAUCCGAUCCGGUUAAAAUACAGAAGUGCAAAGAUAUCUGUAACACAUGCAUUGAUGAAGGACUUAAAGUUCCAGGAAGCAAUUUAAUAAAGACCGUUAAAAGCAUACAAUGUGCAAUAUCAUUCGGCUUAAUGGCACUUAUGGACGAAUAUUGAAAGAAAAAUUAUAGGAUCUUUAUUAAACACAUUUCGUCUAAAUGGCAGAUUUUUCUAUCAAUUUUGAGACAAUUUCUUAACUAAAAAUAUCAAAGAAAUCAUAUUUUAUCGCAAUGUUUAUCAUCUAAUCUUUAUUUUAUAAUAUAUCAACCUAAAUAAAACUUCGU